AUAAAUAAAUGAAUAUAUAUAAUAGGGUGGUAGUAACAAGAAUAACAAUGAUCAUUUGACCAACAUGGCAAAGGUGGAUCUAUCUAGGAUAUCUCUGAGGCCAUUCAAGCUAACAGACGUUGACGAUUUCAUGUUAUGGGCAGGGGACGAUGAAGUAACAAAAAACAUCCGAUGGAAAACUUGCAAUUCAAGGGAAGAAGCUCAAACUUUCAUCAAAGAUGUCUGCAUACCUCACCCUUGGCGUCGUUCAAUCUGUCUCGACGACCAUUCCAUCGGUUUUGUUUCAGUGUAUCCUUGGUCAGGUGAUGAUAGGUGCAAAGCUGACAUGGGUUAUGCUGUUGCUUCUAACUAUUGGGGUCAAGGGAUAGCCACAAAAGCAAUCAAAAUUGCUCUAUCUCAAGUGUUUAAUGAUUUUUCUGAUCUGUUAAGGUUGCAAGCUUUUACUUACGUGGAUAACAAGGCUUCUCAAAGAGUUUUGGAAAAGGCUGGGUUCCUUAGAGAGGGUGUUCUUAGAAAGUAUACUUAUAUCAAAGACAUGAAGAUUUGUUUGGACCAAAAAAUCAUACUUGGAGAGAGCUCAAUUAGCCAACAUAAAUUCAAGUUAGGUGGUUCAAAUGGAGAAGAAUUAUAUGAUACAAAAGUACCGCUUAAGUUGAAGGUAAAAUUUUAUUGGACAAUUAUCAGACUGACAAUGCUGUAUGAGACGGAGUGUUGAGCGGUAAAGAACCAACACGUGAAUAAAGUAAGCGUAGUGGAAAUGAUGAUGUUACGUUGGGUGUGGUAAGUCAAGAUAAGAUACGAUUAGAAACAACAAUAUUAGAGAGAUAGAUAGUUGGGGUCAGGGGUGGAGGGCUUCAUAGGGAUGGGGUAGAAUUGGCUACCCCAAAAGAAAAUAAAUUCUUGAAUAACAAGCCUAAUUUUUUAU